UUUAUUCCUGGGAGCUGCAUGGUUUUUGAAAGGCUUGGACCGACGAGGUGAAGUCUCAAGAAAACCAUGGCGGCGGAGGGCAUGAGGGCUGUAGGGCGCAAGGGAAAGGAAGUGGAAUGCGAGAAAACGGCACACGACGAUGCCGCUGAUACCAAUAAUGACGAGCAAAGCGACGAGGACGAUGAUUUCGACGAUUUCGCUGACUACCCGGAUACGGGGGAGGAGGAGGAGGAAGAUGACGAUGACUCGACAAGUGAUGAGGAGGGAAGAGAGAGCAAGGGAGAUGUCGGGGAGGGAGAAGAGGAGGAGGAAGAGGACGCUGAUUGGCUGCCUCGAUGGGUAAAAUCUCGUCUGGAUAACCGUCAGCCUCUCCGCAGGUGGCAAUGCCUGAACUGCACCAACGUCAACGUCGCCGCCCAUGCUCAGCGUUCCGGGACAGGCGAGACAGACGAGACUAGAAGAGAGAUGGAAUUACCAGAAGAGAGGGAUAACGGCGGCCGUGACAGUAACGGGAGUGAUAGUGAUAGUGACGUGCAGGAGGUUACGGCGGACAUGGAGGUUGAGUGGGUGGCGACGGAGAAGGGGAAGGGGGAGGGGAGUGCAGGGAAGGGUAAGGAGAGGAGUGGGGAGGUCGGCCGUGAGAAGAGCAAAGGGGCGGCGAGCGAUGAGGACGAAGAGUGCGAUGAGUGCGGUGCCUUGGAGUCAUUCACCAUCCAGUCUGUAGAGACAAUGGGAGCCACAGCAGCAGCAGCAGCAGCAGCAGCAAGAAGCGGAGCAGCAAGGGGCGCAUGUCAUCCGCCGCUACCCGCAACCUCAGCCUCAGCAGCAGCACCGCUACCCAAUGGCAGCCUCUCUUCUCCCGCCGCUCUCAGCCCUGCGAAUCCCAAGUCAGGGGCAGGGAAAUCAGGGAAGAAGAAAUCUGGAGCGAAGAAAGCAGGAGAGGAGGAGGGUGGGGGGUUGGAGCGGCAGACUGCAGUAGGAUGCGAUGAGAGGAUGCUGCUGCAUGAAGAGCUCGGCAAAGCCUCCCUGCAUCCUGAGCGCCCCGACCGCCUCAGAGCCAUUCUGGCGUACCUUAAAGGCGCAGGGUUGUUCCCGGGUCCAUGCAAGGCAUGGCCAUCAGAGAGUGCAGCAGACAAACUCAUUCUCAAUAGCCACACGCCCAACCAUCUCGCCACUGUAGAGAAGGCUGCUCUGACUGACACCAGUGCAUUCAACCCCGACACAUACGCCAACCAGCACUCCCCAGCAGCAGCGCGCCUGGCAGCGGGGACAGCAGCCUCCAUGGCCCGCGCCAUUGCCACCAGGCGCCUGCUCAACGGCUUCGCACUCGUGCGGCCGCCAGGGCACCAUGCGGGGUCGGAGGGUCCUCAGGGCUUCUGUCUGCACAACAACGCAGCGGUGGCAGCCAGGGCAGCGCAGGCAGCAGGGGCCAAGAAGAUCCUGCUGCUCGACUGGGACGUGCACCACGGCAAUGGAACGCAGCAGAUAUUUGAGGACGACCCAUCUGUGUUCUAUGUGUCCAUCCAUAGGCAUGAGGGGGGCUCAUUCUUUCCCGGCACUGGAGCGCCCACUGAGAUCGGGACAGGGCCAGGAGAGGGGCGGUCGGCCAACGUGGCAUGGCCGUGCGGAGCCAUGACCGACGCGGAUUACCUCGCUGCCUUCUUCCACCUCAUACUGCCCCUCGCAUAUGAGUUUCAACCGGACCUGACAAUCAUAUCAGCUGGAUUCGAUGCUGCUGAAGGCGAUCCACUUGGUGGAUGCAAGGUAUCACCAGCGGGAUUCGCCCAUAUGACAUCGCUCCUGCUGCCUCUCACAGCCAACCGAAUGCUGCUCAUUCUCGAAGGAGGGUACAACCUCCUCUCCAUUGCAUCUUCAACUGCUGCUGUGAUUCGAGUGCUGCUGAACCAGCCCCUCCCGGCCAUCCGUGCGCCCUUCACCCCCUCGCCUCCAGCCAUGGCAGCCAUUCUCAUGGCAGCGGCUGCCCUUCGCCCCUUCUGGAAGUGCCUUGCCGCUCAAGCCGCUGCCGCCUCCCCUCUUCUGCUUCCCCUCAUGCCCAACGCUGCUGCGGCCAGCCAUCCUCCUUCUGGUCCUCCUGCUGCUGCUGCCGCUGCUGCGGCGGCGGCGGCUGUAGGCGGUGGUCAGGAGGAGGCGAAGGAAAGAGAAGAUGCAGCCCCGGCACGCACAAGAGCGGCUGGAAAGGAAGCCUCCCAUGGUAAAGCAGCAAUGCAGCAGCAGCAGCAGCAGCGGCGGCGGCGGCGGCGGCAGCAGCGGCAGAAUGUUCAAGGAAGAGUGCGGCACGGGGCACAUGGGGGACGGCCAGGCAGGGGGCAUGAGCGGGUGCGGGUGGGGCUGCGGUCGUUCCCCUCGUGGUGGAUGCUGCGCCGUGUGCACAUGCCGUGGCUGUGGGCUGUGCCCCUCGUGCGCAGCGGCCUCACAGGCGGGUCAGGACUUCUCACGAAGGAAGGGAGGUGCAGAGGCGAAUGAGGGUGGGGGCUCCGGUCGUUCCCCUCGUGGUGGAUGCUGCGCCGCGUGCACGUGUGCACAUGCCGUGGCUGUGGGCCGUGCCGCUCGUGCGCAGCGGCUUGCCUCAUAGGCGGGUCAGUCAGGACUUCUCACUAGGGAGGGGAGUGGCAGAGGCGAAUGAGGUGCAUGUGCUGGUGCAUGUGUGGGUGCGCUUGGGGCUGCAGUCAUUCCUCUCAUGAUGCAUGCUGCGCAGUGUGCACAUGCUGUGGCUGUGGUUCACAGCGGCUUGCCUCACAGGCGCAUGAGGAGAACUCACACGACAUGAGGCAUGUCUCAGGGGGGGAGUUGCUGGCAGAGACAGGUCGCUGACAUGGGUAGGGUAGGAAACUCACACGCAAGGCAAAAUAGUAGAGGGAGAUGGUACCCUUGACAGCCGCCUUUUUGCACCGUCUAAGGAGUGGAAUGAGUGGAAUGAGUGGGAUGAGUGGGAGUAAGGAAAUAAAAAUGAUUCGUUUUACGGUAGCUAGUUGUGACUGAAAUUGUUGAUCAUGCCCUUGCCUUGUGCAGAUACUUGUGUCUGGUCUGCUCUCUUAAGUAACACACGGUAUCGCGUGUUUGCAGCAAGAGUGUAAGACACU